GGAGGAGGCUCACCUAACGUUACAAUCACACUCUCCCUUCUCCAUCCCUUUUUAGCCUUUCUCACUCUCCUCUCUCUCCUUUCAAACCUCUCUCCCUCUCUCUCUCCCUCUGAAGGUACUCUCUCACUCACCCUUAAAAACUCUCAAUAGUUUUGCAGUUUAUAAUGGAGGAAUAGGAAUAGGGUUUUCUGAAGCCUAGAGGUUGUAGCUUUUGGUUUCUUUCUUUUGGGGGAGUUUUUCCUGGUUCUCUGCUUCUUCGGCCAUUGGAAGUAUUGAAAGGGCGGGAGUUCAUUUUAGGUUCUAAUUGCUCAGGAUUUGAUUUAGAAUUCCUUGAAUUCCUCUUCAGUUACUACUGUGAAAAUCCCUGCACCGACGGUUUCAAACCCCAAUUUCUCAGCCUCGCUGAAAAAAGCUAGCUCGUUGUUGAGUACCCUUUUGGUCAGAAACUCACAAGGAAAACUUUGGCACAAUGAUCGGACCGAACUUCAUUGACGAGAUAGACUGCGGCAGCUUCUUUGACCACAUCGACGACCUGCUGGAUUUCCCGACCGGCGAGGACGACGUGGAGGCCGCGCUGGGCAGCGCCGACUGCAACGCGUUCCCGACCCUCUGGUCGAGUCAGUCCGAGUCGCUGCCCGGCACCGAGUCGGUCUUCUCGGCCGGAAACAGCGCGUCGGACCUCUCCGCGGAGCUCUCUGUUCCGUAUGAAGACAUUGUUCAGCUGGAAUGGCUAUCAAACUUUGUUGAGGAUUCCUUCUCUGGAGGAAGCCUUACCAUGAAGAAAGAGGAGUCUGCAAACAAUAAGGAAUCAUCCCACCACCAAUUCCAGACUUCCAGCCCGGUCUCUGUCCUCGAGAGCAGCAGCUCCUGCUCAGUCGAGAAGAGUGUACCGCGCAGCCCGGAAACCAUCACCCCUGGAAGGCGUGGACGUGCUCGCAGCAAGCGUCCUCGCCCGGCAACCUUUAAUCCGCGCCCGGCAAUUCAACUUAUUUCCCCCACUUCCUCCUCUGUCACCGAGGCCCCUCAGCUAUUCCUUGCGCCAAAAGUUUCUUCAGAUUCAGAGAAUUUUGCGGAGUCUCGUCUGACUAUCAAGAUUCCAAAACAACAAGGCACUGCAGAGCACAAGAAGAAAAAGAAAAUCAAAUUGACAGUUUCACCAGGCCCCGUGGAGAUGAAUCAAAAUCCGCCAUCCCAAGCGGUCAGGAAAUGCAUGCAUUGUGAGAUAACCAAGACUCCCCAAUGGCGGGCAGGCCCAUUGGGGCCAAAAACACUUUGCAAUGCAUGUGGCGUUCGCUACAAGUCAGGCCGGCUCUUCCCUGAAUACCGGCCUGCAGCAAGCCCAACAUUUGUUCCAUCCUUGCACUCGAAUUCCCAUAAGAAGGUCAUUGAAAUGAGAAACAAGACUGGUGAGAGGCCAGCUAUAGCUGAGACAGCACCAACCAUGACUGCCUCGCCGGAGCUCAUUCCAAAUGCAAAUAGCAGCCUUGGGCUGGAUUACAUUUAGGGAGGAUGAGAGAGAUGUGUUCCUUGUCGGAACCUUUUCUCUUCACUGCCUCCUUUACCUCUCUUAUGUUAUUUCUCUGUUAUUUCAUCAUUUCUUUUGUUCAUUGCUUAUUUUGUACAGGGAUGGAAUGGGGGGGCAAUAGGAGAAAUAGAUGACCAUAUUUUAGCUUGUAGAGGAGGAUUGAAAUGACAGAAUUGAAAAAUGGGUAGAAAAAGAUGCAAGUUUUAAGGGUAGAGUUUAGGUUAAGUGAUGGUUAGUAGGUCCUUAAAAGGUAAGUAGGUGUGAGAGUCUGUGUUGUCUCUUAGUUUGCAUUCUUUUCUUUCUGUUCCUUUUCAUGGGAAUUCUUUUUGCAGUUCAUUUGUAGUAGAAAAUUCUGAGAUGAGUAAUGGAAUUUGAGAUUUGUUA